CGGAGCCGGAUUGCCACGGAUGGAGUGCCAUGAUAUUCUCACCAAGCAUCAUGCCACCGAGUGUCAUUGAUGACUCUCUAGCGGUCACCAUUGAAGCUAGGACAAGGGGGCAGAGAACAAACAAACUGUUUUGCUUGCUUCACAGAGGGAGAAUUACAAGUUCAAACUUUGGCCGCGUAGUGGCUGCUGGAAAGUCCCCAAAUCACCUUUUCGCAGAUAUACUAAAUGGAUCAUCGCUUAACAAGUUUGUGUUGCAUAAUGUGACAGGCCUUCCAUGGUGUGACUUUGUUGAGUGGACUGGUGCUAAAAAGAACAAUUCAUGUGUCCAGAGAAUUAACUUUGAUGCCACCUUUGUUUCUGACAUGUUGAGAAAACUAAACGGCUUUUACAAUAACUUCAUAAAGACAUCAGCAUAA